UUUUUACGCGUGUAUGUCCUUCUCAACAAACCAUCUGUCAGAAGUCAAGCUGAUGAAAGCGUCUUCUACUUUGCUGUUAUUGUUGUAUUAGUGCUUUAAUUGAAGAAGGCGCUUUUUCGUGACCGCGCGUAAAAGAAGGAGGACUUGAACACAUCGCCGUCGUGUCUGGAGUUUCCGUCUUCUGAAGGUCAGUUCUCUUGAAUAGAGGUUGCAGAGCAGGGUUUUUUGCCAGGAUGAUUCUGGCGACGUUAAAAGACAUCGGGAAGCAGCUCCUGAGGGUGAAAGUUGUCGACUGUAACGCAGAGGACUCUCGUCUGUCCAGAUGCCUCAACACAUUUGACUUGGUGGCGCUCGGCGUCGGCAGCACGCUGGGCGCUGGCGUCUACGUGCUCGCCGGCGCUGUGGCCCGGGACAGCUCUGGACCCGCCAUCGUCCUCUCCUUCCUCAUCGCCGCUUUGGCCUCGGUCUUGGCCGGUCUGUGUUACGCUGAGUUUGGGGCCCGUGUCCCCAAAACGGGAUCAGCGUACCUCUAUAGCUAUGUGACGGUCGGAGAGCUGUGGGCCUUCAUCACAGGCUGGAACCUCAUCCUUUCAUAUGUCAUAGGAACUUCAAGCGUGGCCCGAGCCUGGAGCGCAACCUUUGACGAGCUCAUUGGAAGGCACAUCGAGGAGUUCUGCAGACGGUACAUGACCAUGAACGCUCCGGGCGUCCUGGCAGAGUAUCCAGACAUAUUUGCGGUCUUCAUCAUCCUCACUCUGACAGGACUGCUCGCGUUCGGAGUGAAGGAGUCGGCCUUGGUAAAUAAAGUAUUCACCUGCAUCAACGUACUAGUGCUGCUGUUCGUAGUCAUCUCUGGCUUGGUGAAAGGAAACCUCAAAAACUGGAGGAUCGACCCUGAAGAAAUCCUCAACACUACCAACAGCUCUAGAUUUAAUACAUCGGAUGUUCUACCAACAGAAGAAAGUAUCGGUGCAGGGGGUUUCAUGCCUUUUGGGUGGACCGGAGUCCUGUCUGGUGCUGCUACUUGUUUUUAUGCCUUUGUAGGAUUUGACUGCAUUGCAACUACAGGAGAGGAAGUGAAGAAUCCCCAGAGGGCCAUUCCUAUCGGUAUUGUAGCCUCGCUCCUCAUCUGCUUUGUGGCGUACUUCGGUGUGUCCGCCGCCCUCACUGUGAUGAUGCCGUACUACAUGUUGGACAAGAACAGCCCACUACCAGUGGCCUUUAAGUAUGUGGGCUGGGAGGGAGCCACUUAUGCUGUGGCCAUUGGCUCAUUAUGUGCCUUGUCGACCAGCUUACUAGGCUCAAUGUUCCCAAUGCCCAGAGUGAUCUGGGCCAUGGCAGAAGAUGGUCUGCUCUUCAAGUGUUUGUCUAAAAUCAGCCCGCGAACCAAAACCCCUCUAACAGCUACAGUAACAUCAGGUGUUGUGGCAGCGGUGAUGGCCUUCCUGUUUGACCUGAAGGACCUGGUUGACCUCAUGUCCAUUGGUACUUUGCUGGCAUAUACACUGGUGGCUGCAUGUGUCCUCGUCCUCAGGUAUCAGCCUGAACAGCUCAGCUCCACCUACGAAAUGGCCAACACUCAGGAUGAAGCUGAAAUGUCUGAGUUAUACAAUGAAGGUAACAGCGACAUCCUACCGCAGCCCGAUGAUAAGUUCACCCUCAAGAACCUCCUGUCGCCUUCAAACACGGAGCCGUCCCCUCUGUCGGGCUUUGCUGUCAACAUUUGCACCAGUAUCCUCGGCAUUUUGGUGUGUGUCUUCAGCGUUGUGGCAGUUCAAGGCGGCCUCGCGCCCUGGUCACUGGGUGUCAUCUGUGUUAUUAUCGUGAUCUGUAGCAUUCUCACAUUUGUUGUUUGGAGGCAACCAGAGAGCAAGGCCAAGCUGGCUUUCAAGGUUCCUCUGCUGCCCUUCAUCCCUGUCAUCAGUAUGUUCAUCAACGUCUACCUGAUGAUGCAGCUGGACAGAGGAACAUGGAUGCGCUUUGCUAUCUGGAUGGCUUUGGGUUUCCUCAUCUACUUUGGAUAUGGUAUUCGUAACAGUGCAGAGGCAGUACUGACCACAUCCGACGUCUGCAGGAUAAAAGGAGAACCCAUGACACGGGAAAAAGAAGCUUUCCUCCACAACACGAACAACGCCGUGGGAGAUGACGAAGAUGAGGAGGAGGAGGGGGAUUCAUAAGGAGGAGGUUUAUUUUGUCCAGUCUGUCCUUCUGUUCUACAUAUCUGACGUGCAGAUCCAAUAAAUUCUCCACGAUAGUUUUAAUGCACGGAGCGUAUGGAGGUUUUAGUAGCAUCCAAUCCGAGCUGAGUCAUCAACUCAGUUUUUACCAAAAGAUUUUUAACUCUUUAGUCGAUCUGAAACUCAAAAAAGAGACAAAGAAUCUUGUUACAAACAGUUUUUUUGCACUGUGAUUUUACCUGUUUUUACUAAACGCCACAAAUUUUAUUGAUAAGAAUGAGAGAAAAAUAUGAAAUUCUAUUUAUUAUUUUAUCUUUAUUUGGUUUCCUUAACUAAACUGAUGAGAUGUAUUUUUAAGGAGGUGGUGUGUUGUGCUUGGAGGCAUCUGUUGACAUUAGCUGACCUUAGCAUACAUAGGCUAACAGUAGCUAGCGCUGCUCAUUUGCUGCUGUAAAGGAGCAUGCAGAAGCAUUAUAACAGAAAAUCCAACCAUAAUCAUCUGUAUUUCCUGCCCAGACAAAAAGUCACACAUACUUUUCUUUUUUUCUUUUGUUCAGACAAGGUAUAGUUUUUAGAUGUUACCUUGUCUGAACAAAAAAAAGCAAAGUAUAAUAACAUUAACAGAAGACAAAAUGAACGUCUUUAGCUUUAAAAAGUCACAUAUGUAAUAUUUCUUUGGUGUAGCUUUAUCUUUAUCUUACAGGACACAUUAAUCAUGAAAUCCCUUAUGUCGCACAUUCGUAAACCAGUAUCACGAAGAAUACCACAUUUGUUUUCAACCAUAGUUCCAUAAUUUUCCAUCCAUUCAUAAUUUUGGCCAAGCUAUUACCAUAAUGAUGGAGAGUUUGACCAGUGAAGUCGCCUGAAGUCUUCUCCAUCACAUUAAACAGAUACUCAGUAGGGUUCAGGUCUGGCCAGGUCAUGUGUCCCAUGUUCCUGAACCACUUUUCCGCAAUCUGAUCCUGAUGAAUCCUGGUGUUGCAGUCUUGGAACAUGCCAGUGUCAUCAGCAAAGAAAGAAAUAACCUGUUCAUUCAGUAUAUUCAGUCAGCUGACUUCAUUUUAAAGUGAAGACGCACCAACCUGAUUUUCGGCAGUGGAAGGUCGUCGGGCAGUUGGUAUGUUCUGUGCGACUGGCCGCUGUUAAUGCCAUCGCCAUUCAUUUCAGCCGAUUCAACAUAUGUUAUCGGCCACUACCCGUCGUUCAGUCGGACCAAUCUGAUUGGUGGAGGGAUAGCCCUUGAAUAGUGAAUCAGUGAGCAAGAAGUUUCCAUGUGAAUACAUCUAUGCCCAGGUACUUCACACUGUUAUUGUCUUCUAUAAUAGGCUCGUAUCGUAUCUGAAUGAGUGCCAGUCAGUGUUGACUAGACUUCAAUCAUUCCAUGAAGUGAACACUGUUAGCAUUGUUAGCAUAGUGUGAUUUCUCCUUAGUUUUUGCCUGCGACAUCUUUCUUCUUCCACAAAAAGAAACCCGGCAGCUGACAACGCCAGUAUCCUCUUGUUACUAGCUAUCCGUUCAACGAGUACAACAACAACAACCCUUCUGGACUACUCAACACUCUGCUAACAAUGACUGACGACAGUGAGCUCUAUGUUUUGGUCUCGAGAGUAGGGGUGUCUAAUGGCAAGAAGCUGGCGAUAUGAUACAAAUAACACUACUAGGAUCACGAUCCGAUAUAUCAUUAUAUAUCAUGAUACUGUUAAAAAGGCAAUUUUUUUGUUUCUUUUUUUUA